UAACCAUGUUCUAAAACCAUAAUAUUUAAUUUAUUUAAAUUUGUUUUUUGCAAUAUAAAUACAUAAUAAAAUCAUGGAAGAAAUAGAAGAAAGACUACAUUCUAACAAUUCCAUUAAUACAACGAGUUUGAUAUCAAAAAUAAUUGAUAACAUCAGGAAGAAAUACCAAAAAGGUUUAAACUUGAAAGACAUUCCGGAAAUAAAAUUUCUCAAGGAAAAGUUUUUAUGUACCGAUCCUCUUAUUAGUGAAGUAUCCGGAAUUGCUUUAAAACUCCUUAUUACUGAUGAAAUACUCACCGUUGAAAAUGUUACAACAGAUUUAUUGAGUCGACUGGAUUCUGUAAAAUGUUAUUCUAGUUUGAUAGACCUUUUAGGCGAUUUAUUAUACCUUCAAUCGAAGAAUAAAGUGGUUACGUACAAUGUAUCAAAUCCACAACAUCCAUUCAUAACUUUAGUAAAUAAAAACCCGCAAGUUACUCCUUACUUGUUAAAUAAAUUGAAGAAUUUACAGGAAGAAAUUAAGUCUGAUGUACAUAAAAUAUUUGAGCCGUUUUACUUGUACAGCUUAUGCUGCCCCUCUACUUCAGUUCAAUUAUUAAAAUACAGGCUUUGGAAUUUUUUAAUACAACCUCAGUGCGUUAACGAAGUGCCUAGAAAUUUCUAUUUUAACAUAUUAGGCUGGUUUCAAGUGGAAAGAAGAGACGAUUUAGAAAUAGCAGCUGAUCAAAUUAUCGAAAUAAUUGAAGUGUCUUUAAACGAUCCAAACUUCUUAAAUUUUGAUUUGUUGAUCUUAUGGCAGUUGAACAUAUUGCACAACUUAUCGAAGUACAAACUUAAUCUUCGCUCUACUUUGAGUAGCUUAAACAGAAAUUUGAGAAACAGGAAUUUAGCAAUUAUCGAUAGUGUACUUAUUAUUUUAUCACAAAUAAUAGACAACUGUUCUCCACUACACUUAGAUGAAAUUUUGAAAUUAUGUGAGAUUCUUAUAAAGCAAAAUAAGCCUACUAUAUAUUCGCUUCAAACAAUGAAAGCUGCUCUAUUGCAGUGGCUUUCAACACCUUGUACUUUAACAAAUCUGGCUUACAACACAGCUUUACACAUUAUCAACACACUAAACGAAUCUCAAAAUAAAAGUUCUAAUAAUGGAAAUACUCUAAGAAACUUUUAUGGAGAUUACAAGGACCAGAUAUGCACUAACAAAAAUAUUUUUGUUUCUAUCAACAUUUCUUUAAAACUAGAAUUAUUUAAAAAAGAGAACGAACUUAAAAAUUGGAUAGAAUUAGUCAAGAAAACUUCUCAGGAAUUUAAAUUGGAUGUUUUCAACUUUUUGUGCGGUUUGUUGUUAAUUGAUUACGAAAAUCCAGACAUAUCGAUAGAUAUAUUAGAUAUUCUCGUAAAAUGUAGUCAGAUUGAUGUAUAUUUGACUCCAAAAUUAUUAACGUUAAUGUUCUACAAAAUAUCAAACAACAAACAACCAAAAUUCAAUUUGGCUUUACUGAAAUCGUUCCCAAAAAUGGUGAUAUUGCGAGAGAAUAUUCCAAAAGUUAUAGCCAUAAUACAAUCUAUUAGCAAAGGUUCGGAAAAUUUGUACAAUGUUGGAUUAUCCCUGGCCUUCGAUGCGUGGAAAAUAGACAAUAAAUGCUACAUGUAUUUAGAAGAUUUAUUGGUACAAAACCCUCCUACAAAGAAAAAAUGGGAAAGGCAUGUUAUCAAAGCCGUUGUUCUUAAGGAAUUGUGCGAUAAAAAACCCGAAUUAUAUGGAAAAGACGCAGUAGCGCAUUUAUCGAAAAUAUUAAACGAUUGCAACGAUGAAAAUGGAGCUUUACCUUGCUCUAUAGCAAUUGAAGCUAUUACUGUUUUAUGCAAAGCGGGAAUCAUAGAUAUCAAAACAACUUGGGCCACAUUGUCUCCGAAAUUCAAUAACGACAUUCGAUAUCCAGUCGUCAAAAGUUUGUGCCAUUUAAUUGAAGAAGUACCGCAAUUAUCAUAUGUAGAAUCGCACAAAGAAUUGUUCGAUGAAGUUUUGCUGAAAUUGUGGCAAUACGUCGACUUGGGUGAUGCUAAAAUUAGCGAUGUAGCGCUUUCCAGUCUAACGACAUUUGGUAUUGAGUAUAUUUGCAAAAGUUUACCAGAAAAAUACUUGGAAGUGAAUGUAGUGAACAACAUUAAUUCAGUAACUGGGAAAACUUGGGUGCGUUUUUUAAUGGAAAACAACGCUUCGCAGGCGUCGAUAAAUUUUACGAAAAAAAUGAUUGCAAACGAAAUCGAUGAGUAUUUAAAAUACGUGUAUCACAGUAAAGCUACUACAGAGCCUGUGAAUUAUAGUUAUUUACCAUCGCAUAGCGUCGUUCGGGCCAUUGGAGAAUUUAUAAAAACUUGGGUUGUCAAAUGGAAAGGAAGCAUCCACGAUAAAUUUUACAUAGAAUGUUUAAAAAUUCUAAGCGUCGAAUACAGUAAACCGUUGCCACCUCUAGAUUGGUGCUUCUUGCAAGAACUAAUUCACGAACCUCGGUGCAGAAAAUAUGCUGUCGAUAUCGCGUGCCAUCAAGUCGUUUUAUCUGGAACAGCUCGAAGGCUCGUUGAAAAUUAUGUAACCACUGUCACUGAAUCACCACAGGAAGAAGAUAUCGAUAACGUUUACAGGAACUUGAAGUUUUUGGCUAAAAGUAUACAACCUAUCAUUUUAAGACCGUUUUUCGAAGCAACCCUUUGGUACUCGAUAAAAAAAUAUAAUCAAAACGAGCUACAACUGUUAAUCAACAUAUCGGAAUACGUAAAAACUGUACUUGUCCAAAAGGAAGUCCAGGAAACUAACAAACUUAAUUUGGUACAAGUUUUAGACAGUAUUAUUUUUGUUACCGAAUUAAACACACCCUUGUUUGAUGUUUUAUGUCAAACCAUUAUUCACGCCCCCACGGAUUGUCUAAAACGCACAGGGAAUUUUAAAAACACAGACAGUGAAGAAGCUUUUGUUAAAAACGCCAAGAUCAGGUUCGCCCUAUCCAAAAUUUCAACAACGUUUCCAUUAGCUUGGCUGGAUGAAAUCAUCAGUACCUGGAGUAAUCUUUACAGAAAUUUGGAUUUACGAAAAGACCUUUCUUCGGUGUUGGAAAGGUGGAUAGAGACUCCAGAAGAAUGCGUUCCGUGGAUAAUGGAGUUAAUAGGACAGAUCCAGGCUAAUAUAGCUGAUAGAUGCGAAUUGCCGAUAGUUAGUUUCCAGUUCGAUAUUUUAAUAUUCGCUGUGGUGACUUUUUCGGGUAAUCACGUCUUUUUAUCCGGAGUUAAUCGGAAAGAGGAAUUGUGGAAUUUUUUCCCACAAUCUUUGGCCAGUUUGUUGGACAGGCGGUUUUGGGAGGCUUGUUCAGUACAGGUUUUAGAAUGGUUGUAUCACAUGAAUACGGAAGAAAGCGUUCCUAAAACUUACCGAAGACUUUUUGGCGUGUGUCUUCAAUCUUUGAAACACAAUGAUGAGUUUCUGAAUAAGCAAAGGUGGUUGAAAUUAUUGAAUUGUACGAUUUUUGAUUAAUAAACUUUAUUUUAUUACUGAA